UGACGGGAGGAGGGCAAGCGCAUGCGCACUAGAGACGAGCCGGCGGAGUGUGCGAAGCCGGCGCUGUUUUACAUCCGGGUCCCGCGGUCCCGCCAGCCCUGUGUGGGGUGAGAGGGGCCGCAGCGGGCGCGGGGCGCCUUGCCCCGCCCCGCCCCGCCCGCAGCCGGUGCCGGGCCCUGCGUGCGAAGGCGGAGGAGGAUGAUGCCGGCUCUGGCCGGGUGCGGGCCGCGCUGGGGCGGCCUCUACCGGCUCUACCUGCGGGGCCGUGCCUGCCGCGGAUGGCAAACUUCAGUGAGCUGUGGAGGCAUCUGUCAUGUACUCCUGUGCAACCGUCUGUCAGUCCAGUCACUAAGCCAAGUGAGAGCAUAUGCUUCCAAUGGUCAGAAAAAAAGCCCUGGAUCACAGAAUACAAAUGAAUCCACUUCAGAAACGGCUAUGCCCAAAACUGGAACAGCACGGGAUUCCACUAGCAUAGGCCAAAAGACACCUUUCUCACAAAACUCAAUCCAAGUAAAAGUUAAAGCAGUCCUUAAAAAGAGAGAGUAUGGACCAAAAUAUACACAGAAUAAUUUCAUCACUGGAGUGAGAGCGAUAAAUGAAUUUUGUCUUAAAUCCAGUGAUCUGGAACAGCUGAGAAAAAUUAGACGACGAAGUCCCCAUGAUGACACUGAAGCUUUCACUGUGUUUUUACGAUCAGAUGUAGAGGCAAAGUACCUAGAAGUUUGGGGUAGCCCAGAAGCUCUUGCUAGAGAGAGAAAACGACGUAAAGAAGCAGAGAUAGAAUACAGAGAAAAUUUGUUUAAAAAUCAGAAGUUACUGAAGGAAUACAAAGACUUCUUUGGAGACACUAAGCCACGCUCCAGCACAGCAGCUAUGAUGUUCAAGGGACCAGGAAAGGUGGUGAUGGUGGCUAUAUGCAUAAAUGGGUUGAAUUUCUUCUUCAAACUACUUGCUUGGGUUUAUACUGGUUCUGCAAGCAUGUUUUCGGAAGCUAUACAUUCUUUAGCAGAUACUUGCAACCAGGCUUUACUAGCACUGGGCAUCAGUCAGUCUGCAAGGACACCAGACUCUAGUCAUCCAUAUGGUUUCACCAACAUGCGUUAUAUUGCUUCCCUUAUUAGUGGGGUUGGCAUUUUCAUGAUGGGUGCAGGACUUUCCUGGUAUCAUGGAAUUAUAGGUUUACUUCAUCCUCAGCCCAUAGAAUCUCUUCUUUGGGCGUAUUGCAUCUUAGCAGGAUCGCUGGUGUCUGAAGGAGCUACUCUUCUUGUUGCUAUAAAUGAAGUUCGAAGAAGUGCCCGAGCCAAGGGUCUCUCAUUUUAUCAAUAUGUCAUACAGAGUUGUGAUCCCAGUACAAACGUGGUGUUAAUGGAGGAUGCUGCCGCAGUUUUGAGUGUAGCAAUAGCUGCUACUUGCAUGGGUCUGACUUCUUUUACAGGCAAUUCUUACUAUGACAGCAUGGGGUCUCUAGGGAUAGGAACUUUGUUAGGAGCUGUUUCGGCAUUUCUCAUCUACACCAACACAGAAGCACUUUUGGGACGGUCCAUCCAACCUGAGCAUGUACAGCGACUAACUGAAUUACUGGAAAGUGACCCUGUUGUAAGAGGAAUUCAUGAUGUUAAAGCCACAGACAUGGGAAUGAGCAAAGUGAGAUUCAAGGCAGAAGUAGACUUUGAUGGACGGGUUGUUACUAGUUCUUACCUGGAAAAACAAGACAUUGAACAGCUGCUACAAGAAAUUCAGCAGGUGAAGACACUUGAGGAACUAGAAGCUUUUAUGCUGAAGCAUGGAGAGAAUAUUAUUGACACCCUGGGUGCGGAAGUAGAUCGGCUUGAGAAGGAGCUAAAGCAACGUAAUCCUGAUGUUCGUCACGUGGAUUUGGAAAUAUUGUAGACUUAACAGAAGUCCUUUGAAUUUUUCCUUUUGGAAAGAAUAUUGUAAAUGAUGGAACAACUAUUGAACCUGCAGCCCUCUAAGUACUUUACUUUACCUCACUUUAUGCUGCAGGUUCCUGGACUGUUAGAACUUGUUCAGUUUCUGGAAAAGAAUUAGACUCAAAGGCAGCAAUUUGUGUUGAACUGAUUUUUUUUUUCCAUAAAAGCUACUUGGCAUAACUUCUACAAGAGAAUCUAUUGGAGGUGAAUUCCUUUGGGAUCCAGGACAUGUAUCAUCUAGUAAGGCAAAUAUGAAUGCCUGAGAAUGGAAAAUUAUAUAUUCAGGUCCCUUGUUUCAAUUUUGUGUCAACUUGCACAUCAAUUUGCACUUGUUUAAUUGCUUCUUACUGGAAGCCGAGAGGUUCUUGUAAGAUACAGAUGUUAAUACUAGAACAGGUUUUAUUCCCCUGGAACCUGCCUGUAUUGAAUCAAAUUGUUAUAUUCCAGCUACAUGGUCUUUUCAGCCUCUCUUCCCUCAGACACCAUUUUUUUUGCCAACAGGAACUGCUCAUUACUCAAGUUUUGUGACCUGAAAACUUGAUUCUGCCAGCAUUGCAAUUCAUGACAACCUCAGAAGAUCAGAUUACACUUUUCAGUGCAAUCAGCUUUAUGGGCUUACUCCAGAGUAUGUUGUAUUACUGUGAAGGAUGUAGAAAUUUCAGCGAACUUGCUCUCUUACAACCUUUGUUUUUUCCUUUGCCCAUCUUUAUGCUUUUGUUGUUUUUAAUUUGCUAAUAUUGGUGGUUUAACAUGAACUGUGUACAAUAGUAGUUGUUAGUUCCUGUUUUUUUUAUUUUGGUUCAUAUGCUUCUAAGAGGCCAUGUAUCACAGGUGGUCUUUUCUAGAAGCAAUAUGUGUAUAGAAGUUUUAACAUAUUUUGAAAUGUACUAAAAUAUUUAUAAUUAAAAAGAAUUGAAGACUAUAUAUUUUUAUUUAUUUGCACACAAGCAUUACUUAUAUAAAUCCUGAUUCUAGAUUGCUCAUUUACUUUUUUUUGUCUUUUUAGAAUAAACCCUCUGCCUGGGGAAACAAACUAGGUGUUUUGAAUAUGUGUAAUAACUUGGAGAAUAAUCCCCAAAUGAAGUACAUAGAGUUUAUGUAUUUGAAAUGUUAGCUUAUUGCAUUCUGUAAAACGGGUUUCUAGAAUAAAGCUUUCAGCAUAGGCAUUCAGGUUAUAGCAGAGCCUUCAAGAAACAUUGUGAACCAAAGGCUAAGUGAGUACAAAUCAUGCAGAUCUUGUAAUUGAAGUAUUAAUGGAAUAUCUACAGAGAAAUCUCUCUACAAGCAAAAUCUUUUACGUACUUUAAAAUGUUUUCGUAACGUGAACAAUGCUCAUGGAAGAGAGGCUGGAAGUAAAAGCAUCCUAGUGAUUCAGUUGCUCGAUAAUCUAGUGACUGACUUGCUAAGAACAAAAAUGUUAAUAUGGAACGCAAGUUCUCAAAAUCAAUUCAAGAUUAAAUUAUAUGCAUUGCAGCAAGUAGUAAUAAUAGUGGAGACCAAAAUGUCAGGAUUUGAUUAAAUGCUUUGUAAUAGUAUUUUUUUUUGAAGUAAAAUGUCACUUACCAAUCAGUUAUGAUAAUUAAAAAAUAGCAUGCCGUUUGACAACUGCAAAGCACUUUGCACCUUGUGCAUUUUAAAUAAAAUGACAUUCCACAUUUUAAUUUUUAGAGAAGAGGCUUCAUGUACUCUGUUUAAUGGAUUACUUUUUACAUGGCUGAGAGUGAAUGGUUAGCUUCUCACCUUUAUUCAUAAUUCCUAUUCCUAUGCCUUUCUCAGCAGUUGUUUUAUGGGAUAUAAUAUAGUAUAUUAAUGGUAAUACUCAUCUCAUUUCCGUGUACUAAGUCUUAGUUAGAUCUGUAAUAUUAGCAUAAGCUUGAUCAUUAGAGAUGUGUUUAAGAAAAGUAUUAUUUCGUAGGUGAUCUGCAAAUAUAUUAUAAUGUGCUCAAUGUUCUGAAUAACAGGGACAUUUUAGCACCUUCUAAAUAAUUUACAUCUUGUGUCCCCCACCCCCAGUCAGCUUUUCUGCAUUUUGUUGAUAACAUACUCCUUGAAAAGCACUGAAACUUAUGAUAAAGUCUUACUUAUAUUCUCCCUCUACAUCUUCUCCCCACUCAAAUAAUGCAGAUGAAAUUUUAAUAUUGUAAACUAUACUGCACUAUAGAAAUAUUGAGAAUCCUUCCAAAAAUAUUAGAAACCUGGAAAGGGACAGGUAAGAAUUGAAACGGUUUCUGUCUGUCUCUUUAGUAGUGGAUGUGACUUCACAAAUUAACAUGUAUACUGGACCAUCAUGUAGAGGAUCGAGUCUUCCUGAAAUAUCACCACAAAACUAGUAAACUUUUUAAAAGUAUGGAAAUGGUUCCUUAUGUUAUGUUAAGUUCCUCUUAAAACAUAUUCUACAUGAGUCUGUGUAAAAAUGGUGCUUUCUUAUCAGACCUCCUGGUGGUAUGAAAUGUGAUUAUCUGCUAAUUUUAGGAACAAAUAUAAGUUUUUUGCUGCUUUUUAUUCACGUUAUCACAAUAAAGCCAAUGCUACUGUGAAGAAGA